AUGGCAUCCCCCAGCAGUGACAGCUAUAUCGUGCGAGUCAAAGCUGUGGUUAUGACCCGAGAUGACUCUAGUGGGGGCUGGUUGCCGCAAGAAGGAGGCGGUCUCAGUAGAGUUGGCGUCUGCAAGGUCACGUACCCGGAGGGCAAUGGAAGAAGUGGAUUUCUAAUCCAUGGUGAAAGGCAGAAAGACAAACUGGUGGUGCUUGAGUGCUUUGUGAAGAAGGACCUGGUGUACACAAAGGCGAACCCCACCUUCCACCACUGGAAAGUUGACAACAGAAAGUUUGGGCUAACUUUUCAGAGCCCUGCCGACGCUCGAGCCUUUGACAGAGGAGUGAGGAAAGCCAUUGAGGACCUCAUCGAAGGGUCUACGACUUCUUCGUCAACGCUUCACAACGAGGCUGAGGUCGGUGAUGAUGAUGUCUUCACAAAUGCUACAGAUAGCUCCUCUAACUCCUCUCAAAAAAGGGAACAGCCUGUGAGAACGCUGGCUUCUCCUUCAUCCUGUGAACAUCGAAGAAUUUGCACUCGUGGACACCUUCAUGACCAUUUCAGCUCUGACCACUACCAUCUAGACCAAUCAGUACCGCGAUCCUACCGGCACGUCAACUUUCCAGAUGAUGAUGAGGAGAUAGUGCGAAUCAAUCCUCGGGAAAAGAUUUGGAUGACUGGAUACGAGGACUAUCGCCAUGCCCCAGCACGGGGAAAGAACUUUGAUCCUGAUGACAUGGACUCCUACGUACGUUUUGCCAAAAGCGAGGCCUCAAAACAUGAAUACACUUACCCUUAUGUAGACAACUCGGACUUUGACCUGGGUGAAGAUGUCAAGGGUGCUGUGAUAAAGACUCAACCUGUCAAAUUCAAGCCUAGGCGGAAGGAAGAUGGUGAGAGGUCACGGUGUGUGUACUGCAGGGACAUGUUCAACCACGAGGAGAACAAACGGGGUCAAUGCCAGGAUGCUCCAGACCGCGUCAAGACUUGCAUCCAUCGAGUGAGCUGUAUGUGGUGUGCAGACACUAUGCUCUAUCACUGUAUGUCCGAUCCAGAAGGAGACUAUACAGAUCCUUGCUCGUGUGACACCAGUGAUGAAAUGUUUUGCCUCCGGUGGAUGGCCCUUAUCGCCUUGUCUUUCAUUGCUCCAUGUAUGUGCUGUUACUUGCCGCUUCGGGCUUGUUACCACUGUGGGGUCAUGUGCAGGUGCUGUGGUGGAAAACACAAAGCUGCUGGAUGACUACAGAUGCAUUCGAAGUGUUACAUUUUUCCUGUAGUUCAAGGAACACGUUGGUUUUGGAGCAUUGAGAUCACUCAUUUUGAUGCAGCCACUGUGCCCAACAGCAUCCAGAAACCACCAGUUUGGAUCACUUUACGUUGGUCGUCUGGGGCUCACACUGCAUUGAUUUGCUCAUAAAGUGUUCUAACUAACUAACCUACAGCAUAGACUUUUGUAUUAUUAAUCUGUAAUCAAAACAGACUGUCUUGUACAUGUUUAUAUUUUAUUUUUAUUUUUUUUUCCAGUUACAAUGAGUUUGAGAAAAGAACUGCUUUAAAUGGUGGUGGAUUGUAGAACAUCUCCAGGUUGUGUCCGUCUUGCCUCUGCUUGUGCGGUACCAUCAGCGGGUUAGCAAGCUCUGGCAUUUCUAGAAACGGGGUGGUGUGGUGAAUGAAAUCUCACAUGGAAGGUAUUUUAACUUGCCGUCAAGUUAUUGUGUGUGUAUAGAAGGUGUGCUAGUAACAAAACUUGUACCACAACACAGUAUUUCUGUCACUGGUUUCCUUGGGUUUUUUGUUCUGUUUUCCAAAGCCAAAAUAGUCAUCUAAGCUGCAGUUUGUCUUCUAGAGUCCAUCGUCAUUUCCUUCAGCAAACAUCUUAAAUUAUUUCUCUGUUCAUAAAGCUCUGUGAACAGAAAGCAAGGCUCAGUUACCAUAAUCACAUAACCAUUGAGAGUCUGGUAGUCCUCCUUACCUGCAAUCAUUUCAGACCACUACUUGAAAGGGAAACUUAGAUUUUAGGGUUUUCUUUUUUCCCUAAAUAACAUUGGAAAAAUAAAACUGUGUUUUCAGAGUUCUGCCCAAAAGAAAGGGAACUUCUUCAGUAGCCAGCCAUGUAAUGAUUGUGAAUAAAACACUACGGUUCCAAAUGAGGAAAAAUUGUUGUUAUGCAAAGAAUUACUAACAAUGCAAUGUCAAAAGCACUAUUAUGGCAAUUCUUGGGAAAUGCUGCAUU